GUAUCUAGAGACGUUUUUUCCUGAGAAAUCAUGGUUGAUGAGAUGAAUUUACUGGAGGAAAAAUGGGUAUAUAUGAAUGGGAAAUUGGUACCCAUAAUGAAGUUGGAACGAUUAGCAACAGAAGAAUUAGACUGGUAUCGGUCUCACCUGGUAAGGAGUAUAUAUCCUCGGAGGUGGUCAAAAUUGAUACACAGGGCAUUGAAGAAGUUGACAUCAAUCAUGUUUAUUAGGUAUACUUCUCCAGCUCAUCAACCUCCUUUCAUAGUGAAAGAAGAUUCUACAGAUAUUUGUGACUCUUCCGAUGAGUUGAUUCCUUCUUAUUUCUUUGAAGAAAUGAUUGAUUCGACAAAUAAUUCGAGUUCUCAAGCUAAAGAAGUUUCAACUAUGGUUAAAUCAAUUCAACCCACUGUCAAUGAACCAAAAGAAGAUUCAAUUGAUGCUGUGAGUUUUCAAAUUAAAGAAAUCGGCAAAGCUAAAGUGAGUUAUUUCGACAGCAAGAAUCAGGUUCAAGUGGUUGAGUUCUUCAAGGAUGGUCUUAAUGGUCAUGGAAGUAAUAUAUCUGCAGAACUGCAACAUGGAGGUAGUAUAAUCAAAAUUACUAGUAUGCUUCUGUACCUAACGGUUGCUAGUGAGAAGACUUAUCAACAGUGCGACACAAUGCCUCAUAUGGGUAUCGGAAAAUUGUUACAGAAGUAUGAGGUGGUGAAAGCACCAGAAUGGUUUGGUAAAACACAUGAUAAUACUGUGUGGAGUUCUCCUGGAGGUUUUGGUUCCAGUCAAUACUCCUUUCCUUGUACCAGUGUGUGUAUGUGGGUGGAUUUCUUCUGGAAGAAAUUUCUUUUUACUGGUUUAUGGAGUUUUGGACAGGGUAUUGGUAUUAAUUGGAUUUUUAUCGAGCUACCUGGAGCACCUGGUACUAUUUGUUGCGGUCGCUGGUUGUAUGAUAGAGGAAAAAUGCAUGAACCCAUAUCAGGGGAUUUUCAUUCAAGGAGUAUAUUUUUCUUUUUCUUGUUGGCAAGAGUGUUGUGUAUUGAGAAGACCCGUCCAUGUUCGGUUCAAGUGCUAGGCUGGAAGGGAGCAGAAAAUUAUUUUUUACAGCUAACAUGUGAACUGCUGGAGGCAAUUGUACCUCAACUUCUGUUUCAAUUCCCUACUUCUACAGGUUUUUUUAGGGUGGAAUUGUUCAGGUUUAUCGUUGCUAGACAAGCAGGUGAUAUGCACCUGAUUCUUUUGCAAGAGCUUCGCACUCUGUUAUCUCUUCAACACUCUCUAUUGCUUACAUCUGCAACUUAUGGCAGAAUUAUGACUCCAGAGGGAGUUAAGCAGUCAUUUUGAGUUCUCUGCACACAUAUUCAUAUUCUUGUGAGUUCAGCAUUUUCAGAAAGGGGUUAUAUGUGCAUUAUUUCUUACCUGCAUCUAAUGACUAUAGUAGUUAUCUGCUGCCAGUGGGUAUUAUAAUGGGAACUCAGAUCUUAAUUGAGGUAUUUCGGAUUCUUAAGAUGUUGUUGUGGGUUGGAUACUUGAGGUGUAAGUUCAGAUUUGUUCCACCUGGGUUAUGGAUUGUGAUAAAUGUGAGCACCUUGUUCUGCAAAGCUGUGACCCAUAGUCAAAUUGCACCAACUCUUAUGAUGAGAAAUAUGUGUCUGCCAAGUUUAUGGAGUUUCCAUAACACGAGUUCUGGUGUUGUCCAUUCGAUUGUACUCCAGAGCUUUGAACUGCUAGGUACAAUGCUUCAAUGGGAUACUGCAGCCUUGCGUUCAGCGGUUAUUUCGGUCCUCCAAGAUUCUGAGGUUGAGAAGGCACAAAAAUGGGUUGAUCAAAGACAUGAAACCCUUGUAUGGAGUUCUUUGAGAAUAGGAAUCUCUGUCCCAAUGGUUGACGCAAAUACCCCAUUCCAGUUGUUGAUCUCCAUGAGAUCGGAAAUCAAUGGGUUCUUCACAGUGAUCCAAAAUGUGGAAACUCAUCCUUGUGUUGUUCUUUUGUCUUCACAAAUGAAAAUCUCAAAAAGGGUCUACUCCAAGUUCAAUUAUUUCCGAGACUUCUACUGUCAUUUUUAUCAUCACGUUUCCGACAAGUAUGUUCUCUGUUUCAUUCUGGAGUCUCACCGAGUGGUGCAACAGCUGCUUCAUCUCAUAGCAUCUAAGGUCAACACUGAAUUUGCUAGUGGUUCUAUUCAUGCACACACAACAGUGAUCUUGCGAACAUGGGGCCAAUUUUUUUUGCAACACCAACUACUCGUGCAUUUCAUUCUCUUGUACGUUUGGAGGGGAAGUGCCCACAUCUGUCAGCAAUCAGGUGGUAUAUGCAAGGAGGAGGAUGGUUGGGUUUGUUAUGCAGGUGUCUAUGGCCUCACAUGGUUUUCAAUGGCGUCGGGGGACUGCCGUUCUGGUCUUAUAAUGCGUGACUCUCCAACUUUGGCAGUGGUUCAUUUAACUCUCAUCCUUGAGGACAAGGAUGUUUUAAAGGGGAGUGGAAUGUCAUGUACCCAGUAUUGUGUUGGAGUACCCAUAUCCUAUUAGUGUCAGUAUCUAGUAUAAGUUGUUGGUGAUAGUAUUUAACUUAAAGAGUGGGUGUGUUUAUCAAUUGUAAGGAUGGCUUAGAUGUAACCACGUGGCGGGUUAGUAGUCGUUAGAUAUUCGAGAGAGUGAGUGAGUUUAUAUUCUCAAGUCUGUGUAAUGAAACCCUAAGAAAAUUAUUAAUCAGAACUUUGUUCUU